AUGCGUUUAUCUGCAGCGCUGCUGACCGUGGCCGCUCCGUUGGCCCUCUCCUGGGGAAACGUGGGCCACCGUACAGUGGGCUAUCUAGCCGAGAGAUACCUGACUGAUGAAGCAGCCUCCGUCUUUGGUGAAUUGCUCGCCAACGACCGCAACUAUGACUUUUCUGAUGCCGCAACCUGGGCUGAUACUCUAAGGGGCCACAUGGGCUGGGCAAGCAAGUAUCACUACAUCAAUCCCCGCGAUGAUCCUCCUCGUCUAUGUGGUAUGAAAUAUCCUCAAGACUGCCCUUCGAGUGGCUGUGUCAUCUCCGCCAUUCAGAAUUACACAGCACAAAUUCUCGAUACAUCGCUCCCCCUCAUCAAUCGGAAGAAUGCAACCAUGUUCGUGAUCCACUUCCUCGGCGAUAUCCACCAGCCCUUGCACGCCACCGGCCUUAUGAGAGGCGGCAACGACAUCCGCCCCGUAUGCUGGCGCAGACAGCCCAACAACGGCAGAUGCACCGGCCCCAUGAGCCUGCACUCCGUCUGGGACACCCAGAUCCCGCACCGCCUCCGCGGUCUUCCGCCGCACCUCAGCAUCCCUCAGGAAAAGGUCGCCGCAGCCGAGUGGGCGGCUGACCUCCACCGCCGCCACGGACAGGCAGGCGUCAACACGACGGGGCAGUGCAUUGACCUCGAAACGGGGACAUGCGCGCUUGGCUGGGCGACGGAGUCCAACGCGUUUGUGUGUUCACACGUCCUGAAGCCAGGCCUGCAGUGGCUCACGACUCAUGAUCUCAGCGGGGGGUAUUUCGAUGACACCUGGGAGGUCGUCGACGAGGUCAUCGGCAAGGCGGGCGUCAGGCUUGGCGCUUGGUUGAACGCCAUCGCUGCGAAGCUAGCCGCCCAGGAGGCAGGCCCUGUGUUUGAGGAGCUUUGA